AUGGUUAGAAUCCUCAAAAGGUUUGCUUCCCGCUUUUGGAUUCACCAAAUUCGAAUUCUUAAUGCUAGAAAGUUGUUUUUGUUGAAUUUAUAUGUUUGAAAAUGUUUUUGAGAGCUUUUUGUUUCAAUCGGCUUUAUAGUAUUACAGUCUAGAAAUGGGUUUUCCAGCCUUCCAUGUCGAAGUUUUAGAGUUUUAAGCCCACUUUCAAAAAAAAACUGUCUGUAUAUAAGCCGUCUUCUCGUUUCAUUCGCCAUCCAUGCACAUUCUGUAAACAUCUAAUUUGUUCUCUUUUAAAAAUAUUUAUUUUUCUUUCCUCUCUUUUUAAUUUCUCUUUCAAGAUUUGUCCAGCUUUUUUUCAGUUCGAAUACGCUUCUCUUACACAAAAAAAAACCUUUUUUCUUUACUUCUACAAAUCAGAACCUAUUUUCAUAGUAAGAAAUCUUUUUCCUUCUCUUAGUUACAUUAUUUUUUAUUUUUCAGUCCCAUCUUCUCCAAAAAAAUGUGCAUUAAAGAACACUUUCUUUGAUUUUUUCGAUAACGUAGCUAUCUUUGCUUGGAAAUAGCCAAUUUGACGCCGAGUUGACAGUUUUACGGAAAAUUAAGAUAAUUUGGCACUUCUCGAUCAUUCUUAUUGCAGAGGUCGUUUAUUUUGUGCAUGGAGUGGUGUUUUUGAAUGGGAUACAAAGAGAUAUUUUUGUUGAAAAACAGUUUUAUCGAUUUAUGUGAUCUGAAAAACAAUUGAAGAACAGAAAAAAAUAUUUUCAAGGUUUUCGGAAAACACAAAAAAAAAUCCUUACGCGAAAAAAAUUGAGAAUUUUCGAAAAAUGAGACUAGAAAGAGCUGCAGUUAGCAGCUCUCUGACUUUGAAAGGACGAAUAUUUUUAAAAAAAAGCUCUUUUUGACAGGAUGAUUUUUUUAAAAAUGAAUCUAAAGCACUAUCCAAGUUUUAUAAAUAGUAAAAAAACUGAAAAAAAUUUUUUUAAAAAAACUGCAAUUUGAGUUCACCAAACCUCUGUGCUCCUAAAUUUCACCGCAAAGUCCAGAAAAUAUGUUUAAUAACGAGUAUUUAUAAAUUUCGGUUUUUUUCGAGUGAAAUUUAAUGAGAGUAGUGUUUUUUGAGUAGAAAAAAAUCGUCAAAAACCAUUUUGAGGCUCGAAAUAUUUUCAAACGAUUGAAUGGACCAUUUUUUUAUAACAAUAUUAACGGACAGAGAAUUCAAGACAAAAAUCCUAUCUUAUUUGGAAAAAAAACAUCUCAGAUCCCUCUAAUCCAGUAGUUAGUCAAUAUUUCUAACAAGAAAAGGAGUUAAUUAACAAAAUUUGAUUUUUCAGCGACGGUAUGAAUACAGGGGAUUCGAGUGCGAAUGGCGAAUACAAGGACAAGCAGGGCGGCGGCGCCGGUCUUCCCGUCACCAAGAUGGAGAACAACGACGGUCCGUUUUGUCGCUUUUUCAUGUUUCAAUAGGACAUUUUAAGGUCUUGAUAAUAGUUCAUUCAAUGAAACAUGGAUAAAAAAAAAAUCUCGAACCUUGGUAACGCAAACUAGACGCGCCGUGUAUGUUUCUGAACACUCUAGUGGCCACUUUUAGGCCGUCAGCACCCUUAAGUUAUCCCUAGAAUUGCUCAGAAACGUCAUCGGUCCUCAAGAAGUGGCUAGAUUUUCGUCUAUAGUCAAUUAAUCAUUUGUUUCGAUAUUCGUCUUGUAAAUCUCGCUAAAAAACUGACAUUUAAAGUUUAAAUGCAGUCAUUUCAUUAAUUAUUGAAGCUGAAGAAGCUCAGGUCAGUUUUUUGAAGAAAUAGUAUGCGAAAAAAAGGAGAUUUUGAGGAUUUAUGAAGACAUUUUGGAGGAUUUUUUGUGGUAUAACUUCAAUUAUAGUGAGUCAAAAUCUUAUUUCUAGAUUUAUUGUGCUCAUUUUUGAUUUUCCUAUUGAAAUGAACCUUUAAAAAAAACAUAGUUUUACUUUCCUGAACAUAGUCUUUAGUUACUGGGUUAACAAAAAUUCUUAUUUUCCGAAAAAUCAAUUUCUCUGGACAGUUUUAAAACUGAAGCCGACUUUUUCUUUAGUAAUUCUUAUCGUACAAGCUUUCGUUAUAUUCCUUUUUAAAAAUAUGAUAAAAGCCAGACUUUUCCUCAAUUUUUUAUCGCUUUUUGAUCAAUCCAAUGAACUAUCGGAAGGAAAUUCAAGUAGAAUUGGAAAUGGGACGACGUCAUUUCUGGCGAAAGUCAUUUGAGAAUGGCUGUUGACGGCGUUCCGUCUUCAUUUCCAAUACGAAAUCCCGAGUUUUCGCCUUCCAAAUGCUACGUCAAACGUCGCACCAAACCUUAUGGUCUUUUUUUGAACAAAUUCAAUGAUUUAGGGGCAAAAAUUCUAGUGAAAAUCAGCUUAAGUUGGAGAAUUUGCAGUAAAGUUUGUUUGAACGAUCAUAAUAUGAUAGAAAAUAUUAUUUGAGUAAUUUUUAUAGCCGCCCAUAGAGCGAUUUUGUGGCGGUGGUGGUAGAGAACCAGAAAAAGUUAUAUAUCAACCAUUUUUAAAAAAGUAUUUUUUUGCUAUCUGUUUCUCCAAGAAUCAAGAUAUUUGAAGUUGAAAAAUGCCUUUUCUCGAAGUAUAGGUUCAAGUGAACUCUUUAGGGUUUAUAUUGAUCUGUCGGUAACUCAUAUCAUUAAAAAGUAAUAAUUACUUCAAAAAAAUCUUUUUUCUUUCUAAUUUUUUCACACUUGAAGUGAAUUUCUUGGUUUACCAUCUUGAUUUCUUUUAAAAUUUGAACUAUUAGUGAAAGAAAAAGAGUUUUGUUGUUCAAAAAAUGCUUUAUUUUCAUUUUUUCCAUUUUUAGAAUGAAUUUAUACACCGAUUUUCUUUUUUCAGGGAAGAAGACGUUGACAAACGGAAUGAGCCGAGUCCACAGAAUCUUGACCGACGAAGAAAUCAACCAAGGGAAACAGACGCGGUGGACCGAGCUCGAAAUUCACGGUUUGCUUUUUUUAUAGUUUUUGGCUUGAAAAUUUAUAAGGUUUCCAUGUUUUUUUAGAACUAAAAUAGGGAAUUUUUGAUUGCUUUACACUUGUAACUGAUAUUUCUUGUUUGAAAUUAAAUUUUUCAACGUUUUUUUAUUCGAAACGCUAACUUUUUUUCGGUGAAGUGACCUGUGAAUAUAAGAGUUUUGAAGACUAUAAUUGGCUAUGACAACUGAUUUUUUUCCGGUUGUUAUCAUUUUUCUCUUCAAUUUUUUUGAAUUACUAAAAUUAUUUUCAAGUUAUUGUUUCAAGCUCAACAAAAUUCUCAAAAAUUAUCUUUUCGAAUGAUAAUGAGUUUUUACGGUCAGUAGGUUUUUUUUUCUAUGAAAAGUUGUUUUUCGAAAUUAGCAUUCUCAAUAACCAAGCUUAUUUUUGCACAAAAACAUCAAUUUUUCGAUACCAACACGUUUUUUGUUCAUUUUUACUGUCCAAAAAUCUUCCCAUACAUUUAUUUGUUAUAAAUAAGGUUAAAAAUGUUCUACAUCCUUUUUUCUGCUCGAAAAAAGAAAAAAGCUGUUCAGGACGAGUACGGAACUUGGCGCCGGCACUUUGGCAAGUGACACAUCUUUCUGCCUUGUUCCUGAAUGGAAAUCAAUUGACACGGGUUCCUCCAGAAAUCUCCCAGGUAUGUCCUUUCUUUUUCUAAAUAAAGAGUUUUUUUCUUCAUUUUUCUUGCCCCGCUAUAAAUUUGAAGAGGAACAAAAAAAGUUGUUUAUAUUCAUUCAUUCUUUGAUUUUUGUAUCAUAUAAGUUUGAAAAAAAUCUAAAGAAAAAAAUUUUUUUCGUUCAACAAAAAAAGAGCUGAAUUCUCCUCAUAUGAAAGAAUAAUUCCUGUUUUUUUAAUUGAUCGAAGUUUUUUUGAGCUCCUUUUUAAAAUCUUGUAAAAUCAAAAAAAAAAAAGCGGAAAUGAUGAGUUAAGGGCUUAGUUUUUAGGCCAUGUCCCCUAUCAGUAAAAUGAAUAAAAAUAAACCUCUUUUUUCCUUUUGAUUUCAUACGACCUCAGAUCAAAAGUUAUGAACUAACUUUUUAUUUAAAUUUUAACGUCGCCCCAAAAACAUUUCGUUUCAAAUUGAAUAAUCUUCCGAUUCAAGCUUUUAUGAAAAUAUUCCUUCUCGACUACUUUGAAAAAUGUCGUACUUCUGUGUACCUUUCAACUCGUUGGGGUUCCCGCGUAUUGUUAUUCUUCUGCCUAUCCUAUUUUGAUUAUUUAUAUAUUUUUUUAUACUCCCUAAUGUCUGGUAAUGGCAGUGAAUAUUAUUGUUAAACUGGACCCAUUUUGCAGCUGUCGAACCUGACAAUGCUGGACCUCUCUCACAACAAACUGAGAUCUCUGCCGGCGGAACUCGGCGACAUGAUCUCCCUGUGCCAUCUCUACCUCAACCACAACCUCCUGCGGGUACUGCCCUACGAACUGGGCAAACUCUUCCGGAUACAGACUCUAGGUACCCAUUUUUCAUUGUUCUCUCUGGGAAAUGCCUUGAAAAAGGUGGCCUACUUUUCGAAUUCAGCGUUUAUAUUCAAAUCACUGUUUUUGAAGUUAAAUUGAAAGGUUUACCGUAUAGAAAUGAAGAAAUCUAUUCAAGUUAUACAUUUUUGCCGAGUUUGAAGCGAUUGAGCAAAAUUUGAAAUUAUCUCUGAGUUUCCAAAAUUUUCUUUCUUUCUUUCAAUCUCUGAAGGCUAUUUCGAAUCACGCGGGAAUACAUUGAACAUUCUGGGAUUUUUUUCAAUUUUUUUUUUGAAUUUCAAGAACGAAAGAAUCUUUUUUCGGCUUGGUAAGAUGUCAUUAAAUCAGUUGAUUUUGAAUUGUGCUAAAAAACAAUUUGUGAAAGAUGAUCCUUCUCAAUAAGAGUAUCAACUUCAAUUUUUUUAAAACUUGAAAAUUGACUUUUUUUCAUUUUUUUCUUACAGCUCUCAAGAAAAUAAAAUUAUGAGCUUUCUUUUUUUAGCCGUUUUUUUGUAUUUGUCAAAGGCUCUAAUUCAAUUUAUCGCCUAAAAAAACUUUAUUUUUUUAGCUACUUACGUUCAUUUUUUUCAAACUUUAAACAUUUUCAUUCUCAUUUUUGCUUUCGUUAAGGGCUCCAAGGGAACCCGCUGUCGCCGGAAAUCAGCAAAAUCUAUCACGAAACCAACGGGUCACAAAAGUUGCUUCAGUUCUUGCUCGACCAUCUCACAAGUACGUUUGAAUAACUUUUUUUUCAUUUUCAUCGUUUUCUUUCAUUUUUGCAUGCCCUAUUUGAAAGGGAAACAAGCAGGAGCCGCUCAAAAUGGAAAUUUUUUGAAUUUAUUGCAAAGAGUAAAAGGAAUGUACCAAGAGUUUCAUUGAAAGACGUGUUUUUGACACAAGGAAGUUUUUUUCUUCCACUAUUAUCGAAAAUUCUUUUAUCGCUGGCCCUUUUAUAGUGUUUGCCGUGCUGGCCAGUUGGACUAAACUUUGGAAAAUAGAAAGUCAGUGGUUUUGAAUGGUUUAGGAGGCCUUUUUUGGGGUUUUGAGGCCUUUUUUUGAAUUUCCAGUGAAGAUAAUGGUUGAUUAUUGGUUUUGAAUGGGUUUGAAGGACUUUUUUGUCUUGAAUUGAGGUUUUUGGAGGCUUCUUUUAAAAUGAUAUUCCGACUAGAAUGGUAGAUAAAUAGUUUCAAACGGAUUAGAAACUGUUUUUUGGCUAAAAUCGGGGAUUUUUAGGCCUUCUUCGAAUAUUUUUUUGGGUAGAAUGGUUAAUAGAUUUUUUUUGUACGGUUCAGAAGCCGUUUUUUGCCUAUAUUUGGUGAUUUUUAAGACCUAAUUUGAAGAAAUCGGGACUAGCAUGGGAGAAAAAAGAGUGGUAGUGGGAAUAUGGGAGAUUUUCAUUGGAUAGACGGGUCAAAAAGAAAAAAAAUGCGAAUGUGUUGAUUUUCUAUGUGGAACCAUUUUCAAGUUGAAGUUACAAGUUUUUGUAAACUUUCAUAAAUUUUUUUGUAAAUCAAGAAAUCUUUGUUUUAUCACGAGAAAGAAGCUUGCUGGAGAAUUUUUUGGAAUUUGUUUUCUGUCGAAUUUUAGUUAAUUUUCUAUUCCUUCUAAAAAAAUUUCCCUCAACAAUUUUUUAAAGGCAAAGGCUUGAAAAAGAAUCUAAAAUGCGGAAAUUAGCUGAAGAAUUUGAGCUCCCCGUGGACUUUGCACUCGUUUUCGUGUUUUUCUGACCUGUUAAGUGCAAAUCCUAAGAGAUUUCCUGACUUUUUCUCACUUUUCGUGCACUUUUGAUACUGAGAAGCGUUCGAGGCUUUUGAUUGAUUCUUCAGUUUCUGAGCUGAAAUUAUUUGUACGAGUAGACAUUGUUAUCUUUCGAGUGAGCUGAUUGACAGCCAACUUUUGCUCUUUUCUCCUUUUUUCUUCUGUCUGGGACGAUUUGAGGACGUUUAAUCGCUCCUUGUUUCGCGAGGAGUUUGGUUUUUGGACUGUAGUUUUUUCUCCUUUCUUUUUGUGAAGUUACAGCAGGAAGGAACUUUGUUCCGUUUUCUGUAGACUACUUCUUCUUGGUUUUUGACCGGAAAGGUCUUUUUUUUUGGGUUCUAUCAUCAGUUCCGCGACUUUUAUCGUUUAACAAGUCUUUCAAGGGGUUUUUUUUCAGUUUUCUUUUGUAUGGUCUUUUUCCAAAAUUUUUCAUUUUAGACGGUUUGAAAGCGUUGAAAAUUUGAAUUUUGAAGAGGAUAUUGAAAAUUUUUGGUUUUCUCAUUUUUUUUUUUAAAGCUUUUUCUAUUCAGAACGAUAAAUUUUUAUUGGUUAUUACAAGGAUCUCAAGGAUAAGAAAAUGAAAAAAAUACCCCAAUUCUGAAAAAAAUGAGUAGUAAUACUAUUUUUUUGAACUUGAAUUUUUCAAAAGAACAUGAUUUUUGAUUCUUUUUAAAACCAGGGAAAUUGUUGAAUUGCAGUUUUUUUGAUUUUUUUAAGGGUCGGUCAAGUUUUUAAAAUGAAUCCAGCGCUUUAUUUUAUCGUAAUUUCAAGUAAAAAAAAUGAAAGUUAUUCAGAAAUUUUUUUUUAUUAUGAAAGAACGUAUGAAAAAUAUGGAUAAUUCAACUUCCAACUUCAAAAUGCUAUCCAUAUCUUCUCCAGAGGCAAACAAUAGUUUUUUUUUUCCUUUUAAUCUUUCCUUCCUAGUCCCAACAGCUUCCCAGCUUCACGUAAUUAGAGAUUGAAGCUUCAAACGCGGAAAAAUAUUGAGAUUCGCGGGUUUUUCGAUCCCGAAACAGGUCGCCGCCCCGUGGGGCGAAGAUCUGCCGCUACCAAUCUAAACUUUAUAAUAAUGCUCGAGUUUUUAUAAUUUUUUGAGGCGGCUUAGCUUCAUGUCGGAGUGUUCCGUCGGGCGGUCCAGCUGCUGGUUUCAAGUUUUAAUAGGCCUUGCCAGCCAUUCGUCACGACGGAAAAAAGCGCCGAAAACGACACUAUCCACGAGGAUUUUUCUGCGAAGAGACUUUUCCUUGGCUUUUCUCAGACGUUCGUUUGUGGCGCAAGAUUAGUCCCCGCCGCGGUUUUCGUUUGCUGCUGA